AUGCCCUUCAUCGCGGAAGAUGCUCGAAGGCCAGGCCACACUCAUGUCCUCCUAAUCACCACCGGAAGCGUUGCAUCUAUAAAAGCUCCAUUAAUCGUGAAAGAGUUGCUGAGUUAUUCCAAUGUCCUCGUGCAAGUAGCCGCAUCCAAAUCUUCACUCGAGUUCUACAAAAAGGAGGAUGUAGAACGAGCAGGUUCGAGGGUAUGGACCGAUGACGACGAAUGGACGGGAACCUUCAAAAUCGGCGACCCUAUCCUACACAUCGAACUUCGCCGCUGGGCAGACAUCGUCUUGGUCGCCCCAUGUUCCGCAAACACACUGUCCAAGAUUGCCCACGGCCUGUGCGAUAACCUCAUCACAUCGCUUAUGCGUGCGCUCUCGCCAUCGACGCCGACGUAUCUGUUUCCGGCGAUGAACACGCUGAUGUACGAGCAUCCGCUGACUGCAGAGCAUCUGAGGGUUGUGAGGGACGUCGUGGGAUAUAACGUCGUUGGCCCUAUUGGCAAGCAUCUCGCUUGUGGAGAUAUUGGAGUGGGAGCUAUGACUGAAUGGAAGGAUAUAGUAAAAAUUGUCGUCGACCGUUUUCAACUUGCACCGAAGGAAUCAGCACCUUGA